UUCAGAGCUGAGUGAACGUCAGGGUGAGAGGGAGAGCAAGUGAGAGAAAGCAUGCAAUAGAGGGAGACUGUACCCACUGUAGCAUCAGUGUGUGACAGCUGGUGCCUGAUAACACUGAUAUCGAGCUCCUUCCGUGGAGAGCUUGCUGAGCUACCCUUUUUUCAUCUGCAAGAGGAUGCCAGCUCUAAGCCAGUGCAACUGAUGACAGACUGGAUCUUGGAAUAGUUCCUUUCACUUACAAUUACAUCUCUCAUGUUCUGCUUCUCUGAAGAAAGGCUUAUUACGGAUGACAAAAAUUCAUUCUCUCCCCUUACCUCAUAUUAUUGAUGAUAUACAGAGUUUGAUCUUCCAGACUUUUAAAUCCACACCUAACUCAUUACAUCUAACGGAGACACCGUAACUGCUCGUUCUGUCUUGGUCCCUUGGGAAGGACCAAGAAAAGGGGUUGGACUUGGACCUGGACCUCACUGCCACUGUGAAAGCUACUGAAUUAGCAGGAUUUGGUGUCUUCAGUGGAAAUUUGCAAGACUGUUUGGUGGAAAACAUAUUUCUAAGGUCUUGGUUAGUCAUCAACUCAUUUCUGCAGAACUUCAGCUUAUGUAUCAGGGCUACAAAACAAAUUCAAGACAAGAAGACAAAAAGGCAGCUGAGAUAGUAAUUCUCCUGAAGAAUUAAGACACCGGUGUCUUUGAGAUAGAAAAUGGUCGGCUGUGGAACUCUAUUGUGAAGACCUCAGAAGAAAUACCAAUUUUUCCAGUCAGCUUUUCAUAAUGUAAAUACAAUUUGAGCUUUCCCAAAUGGGCAGCUAAACCAUGAACAAUCAGAAAAACCCAAUUUGGACUGUGUUUCUGAAGCAGACUUCACCUUCUCCCUUGGGAAUUUAUUGAAGGAUUACAGCUGAAAAGGAAAACUCUUGAAAGAAAACCUUGAACAGGAAUCUUAUCCUACAAUGAGAAUUACAAGUACAUCUUGUAUCUGCCCAGUCCUAGUUUGUCUCUGUUUUGUGCAAAGGUGUUAUGGAGCUGCUCACCAUGGCUCCAUCAAGGUGACCAGAAAUCAAACCAAACACAUAGAAGGUGAAACAGAAGUGCAUCAUCGUCCAAAGCGUGGAUGGGUGUGGAAUCAGUUCUUUGUUUUAGAAGAACACAUGGGACCAGAUCCUCAAUAUGUAGGAAAGCUGCAUUCCAAUUCCGACAAAGGUGAUGGAUCAGUCAAAUACAUUCUUACUGGAGAAGGGGCAGGGACUAUAUUUAUUAUUGAUGACACAACUGGAGACAUCCAUUCAACCAAAAGCCUAGAUCGAGAGCAGAAGACACACUAUGUGCUUCAUGCCCAAGCUAUUGAUAGACGGACAAACAAGCCACUCGAGCCUGAAUCUGAGUUCAUUAUCAAAGUGCAGGAUAUCAACGACAAUGCACCAAAAUUUACAGAUGGACCAUACAUUGUUACUGUGCCAGAGAUGUCUGAAAUGGGUACAUCUGUUCUACAGGUGACAGCCACAGAUGCAGAUGACCCCACAUAUGGAAACAGUGCCAGAGUAGUGUACAGUAUUCUUCAGGGACAGCCAUAUUUCUCUGUUGACCCCAAAACAGGAGUCAUCAGGACUGCCUUGCACAAUAUGGACAGGGAAGCCAGAGAGCAUUAUUCCGUUGUCAUUCAAGCCAAAGAUAUGGCUGGGCAGGUCGGAGGGCUGUCAGGAUCAACAACUGUAAAUAUCACACUCACAGAUGUCAACGACAAUCCACCCAGGUUUCCUCAGAAACAUUAUCAACUAUAUGUUCCUGAGUCGGCUCAAGUUGGAUCAGCAGUUGGCAAAAUCAAAGCAAACGAUGCAGACACUGGUUCAAAUGCAGACAUGAAGUAUACGAUUAUAAAUGGCAAUGGCUCUGGGGUAUUCUCCAUAACUACUGACAAAGAAACAAGGGAAGGAAUUCUCUCUCUGAAGAAGCCACUCAACUAUGAAAAAAAGAAAUCAUAUACACUUAAUAUAGAAGGAGCAAAUACUCACCUGGAUUUUCGCUUUUCGCACUUGGGACCAUUCAAAGAUGUAACGAUGUUGAAGGUCAUUGUUGGCGAUGUGGAUGAACCUCCGCUCUUCACUAUGCCUUUCUAUGUCAUGGAAGUUUAUGAAAACGCAAAGAUUGGGACUCCUGUUGGCACAGUAACUGCACACGAUCCUGAUGCUGCAAACAGUUUAGUGAGAUAUUUCAUUGAUCAUAACACAGAAGAAGAUAGGUAUUUCACCAUUGAUGCUAGUACUGGAACCAUUAAGACUGCCAAAAUCUUUGACAGAGAGGAGACACCUUGGUACAACAUCACAGUGGCUGCUUCUGAGAUAGAUAAUCCUGGGCUAGUGAGCCAUGUUCCAGUUGGUGUUAGAAUCCUGGAUGUCAAUGACAAUCCUCCCGAGCUUGCCAGAGAUUAUGAUGUAGUCAUCUGUGAAAAUACAAAGCCUGGUCAGGUAAUUCAGACUAUCACUGCUACUGACAAAGAUGACUCUGCAAAUGGUGCAAGAUUCCAUUUUUCUCUUGAUGAAGGUCUUUCUUUGAAUCCCAACUUUACUCUAAGGAACAAUGAAGAUAAUACAGCCAGUAUUCUAACAAAACGAAGGAGAUACAGUCGAACCAGUCAAGAUAUCUAUUACCUCCCAGUUUUGAUUUCUGAUGGUGGCAUGCCCCCUCUCAGCAGCAGCAGUACCCUCACCAUCCGGGUUUGUGCCUGUGAGAGAGAUGGACGAGUGAGAACUUGCCAUGCUGAAGCUCUCCUCUCCUCGGCUGGCUUGAGUACAGGAGCUUUAAUUGCAAUCCUGCUCUGCAUUGUCAUCCUUCUUGUUUUCUCUUUAGCAAUUGUGGUCCUUUUCAUCACCCUAAGACGUAGCAAGAAGGAGCCUUUGAUCAUUUCAGAAGAAGAUGUGCGGGAAAAUGUUGUGGCAUAUGAUGAUGAGGGAGGUGGAGAGGAAGACACAGAAGCAUUUGACAUCACAGCACUGAGGAAUCCAUCUGCUGCUGAAGAGCUAAAAUACCGGAGGGAUGUUCAUCCUGAAGUGAAGCCUCUGUCCAGGCAUCAUCCCUCCUCUAGCCUUGACAGUAUAGAUGUUCAGGAGUUCCUUAAUCAAAGACUGGCAGAGGCUGAUCUGGAUCCCAGUGUGCCCCCGUAUGACUCCCUGCAGACAUAUGCCUAUGAGGGUCAUAGAUCAGAAGGUGGGUCUAUCAGCUCUCUGGAUUCAGCAACGACACACUCUGACCAGGAUUAUAAUUACCUUGGAGACUGGGGACCUGAGUUCAAGAAGCUAGCUGAACUCUAUGGGGAAGUAGAACCAGAAAGAACAACUUAGUUGUAAUUCCCAGAACAGAGAAGUUCCUAAAUAACUGGACAGAUAAUGAUAACAAUGGUAACAAAACAAGUGAAUACUGUACUUGGAACUGAGUAAGUUGUAUGCAGUUACUGUAGAACAAGUGCCCUUUUCAUAUUUGAAACUGGGUUCUCCAAUUAAAAGAAAGUCAAAUUUUGGAAAAUACGGAAAAAAAAUCUAUUGUCCCUUGUGUAUUUUUUUAAAUUGCUCAUUAAAUUGUCUGGUACCUUAUCUACAACAAUGCCUAAAGUAAAGCCAAGAAAUAACAUUUUUAUUGCAGUAUGCGUAACGGCUCCAAGUUACAGUAAGUUUAUGGUCAUGUCUGUUUGAGAAGAGAGCUAACAGAAGAUCAAAUCUCUUGCAGGUGGUUGUGAUGUUGCAUUUCUAGCUGUGCUCUAGGCCUUGUGAUCCCAACAUGAGGUAGACAAUGAGGUUUAUUAUCAGUAUGAGAAGUGUUGUCAGUCUGUUUCCUUAACAGAGGUGAUAAGCCACACCUCUCCUCUUAAAUAAAUGGUCCUUUGAUUAUUUAAUCUUAUUGACUUAGCAGGUUGUAUUGAGAAGCUGUCAUUUCAUUAUGUCCUUCAUAAUCUUGUCAUCCAUAACCAGCUAACAGAUGGAGGACAUCAUUAUCUGUAGCUCAAACACAGCUCUAGCCCAUAACCCCAGACCUGCUCUGUUACUACAUGCUAGAGGAACGGUUGUUUCCAGUAUUGUGCUUUUUCUUUUUGUCUUUUCAUGGGAACAUCAUUUUCAUCUAAAUGGAAUAGGCCCAAAGUACUCUUUAUGCAGCUAAGCAGAAAAAGCAUAGGCUUUUUCAAUAAAAACAAAAAUGGCAGCAUCAUUAAACUACGUGGGUUUUUUUGGUUCACUGUGCUUCACUUAUAUUAAGACCUGAAGCUUUUUAAAUCUUUUGCUCGUCUGAGUCCAGAAGCUACAACAGUCUGUUUAAAACUCAGAGUUCUUAAUCACAAUGUUUUUCUAUUUCUGUGUGUGACUAAAAGCAAAAUAGAGCUGCUGGUAAGACACUGGUAUAGCAAAAAUUGAAGCAAGGAGAAUAAGAUGAUGAUGCUUUUUUCUUUUAAAUAACGACCAACUGAUAUCUAUUUUUCUUAGAAUAAUUGCCACCUCAGCAGAACAACAUGUUUUUUACCUAUUUCAAGCAUCAUGGAAACAAGAGCAUUUUAAGUCAGUGAAGGAAAUAUCCCAUUACUGUGGUUCCUAUGGGUUAAAUUAAUUGAUUUUUUACAUUAGUAACUUUGUAGCAUUGCAGAAAUGAUAGUUCUCCUUAACAUAGCAAGGUGCUUAACACCUAAUCCAGCAAUUAUUUCUUUUCUUUUUUUAGCAUUGCAGCAGCAGAACUGCUAAACAGUUCUGCUUACCAUAACAGCCUGAUUAACUCCUCAUCUGACAACUUCUGAUUUUUCCUUUCCUUUGUUUGGAAUUUUAACCUUUUCUUUGUCUUUCUGGUGAUAAUACUGUGAGAGGACUAGAAACUGGGUUUCUGACCUAUAAUACUCACGAUCACUAUCAACAGUCCUCUGCUUCUAAUUCUAGUUCCACUUUAGGCAAAUUGACUUCUUCCAGUAUGCGUUUGAUUGGAAAACUGUCCAGAGUAGAAGUUGUGUACUUUUUUUUUCUUACUCUGUGGCCUGGUGUGUAGAGUGAUACAAAUUUGAAUGCUGCCCUAGAUUCCUCGCUCUGCGUUUUAGGUGCCACUUAUAUUCAGCUUAGUAAAGAAGGGUGUAUAUUUAUUGCUGAUCUAUUGUGAGCCACACAGGUGAACUAGGUAAUUAGGCGUUCUUUUCUUUACUCUCUGGUUGGAUAGGUCCUAGACAUAACAGAAAUUUUUGAUAGUUUACUUUGAAGAGGUUGUUGGUUUUUUUUUCCUGAGCUGUAGUUGACUGCUUUUGGUUUAAACAGCCUUCUGGAAAAAAUAGAAAGUAGAUUUGUAAGCAACUUUUACACUCUAUAAAGUAUUAGUUGUACUGUAGUUCCAGAAUUAGUUUUUUUUACACUACUUUGUUUAAAGUUAGUAAUUACUCUUCUUUCUUUCAGAAUAUGUACCCACAGGAAAAUUUAGUACGGAAAAACACCUGAACCCUAAAAUAUUCUGCUGAUGAUUUGAAAGUAGUAAAAUAAUUUGUGUUAAUUUUUUCUAUACUUUCAUGAAAUACAGAAUCUUUUAGAAAAGCAUUUAAGGAGGCAUUCUUACUGUAGGGUGAAGUUAGAUGCAGUUAGAGUUACACACAAGCUGAGAAUGGUUGUCUUUUAUUGUCUUUUUGGGGGUAGAACUAGGAUAUGUUUCAUUUUUGUCCCAAAUAAAGCAACUAGUAUUGUGGGAUUUUAUUAGGAGAAAUUUUCUUUUUAUUUAAGUCACACUUGCUUUACACCAACAUCUAAAUUUUUAUACUGUAUGAGUAGUGUGUUAAAAACAAAAUGUUUCAUUACUAGUACCAUAAUACUUUGUAUCACAGCUGCAUGAAAAUUGCAUUCAUUGUUGUAUAAUAGUUUUGAGAACAAGUAUUAGUUAUCUUUAUGCCUAUUCCCUCUGGCUCUACACCAAAGCAAGGAAAAUCAAUUGUAUUUUUUGUUUAAAGCAGUGUUCGUGCUGUUGGGUUUUUUUAUUUACAUCACAGAACGUUCAGGUUUACAGGCAACAGAAGUGUAGUGACAAGCAAAUAGUCACUCCUUACACUAAUGGUCAGUUUAAGUUAAUAAUAUCACAGAGAAAUAAUAUUUCCCUUUUCUCCAUUCCUGGUGCUGUCUUUGCUGCUAUACAGCACAUUCAUCAUACCCAGGAAACCUGAAUCCUUUAAAACUUUGCAGGGUUAUUGAGACACUGCUUCUGUGAUGCUGCGGUGUGUCCUGUUUGGUACGUCCUAUUCACAGUGAUCGCCAAAUGUGCUUUUCUAUCAUGAUAUGUCUGCAUGCUUGCUAUGCUUUCUGUGUUUUAUUCAAAUACACAUCACAGUGUCGUGUUGUUUGCAUGACAAAUAACAGAAUAUUAAAUCUUCAGGGCCACAGAAGAAGGCCUUACAGUGCAGAAAUAACGUUUACAAUUUUAUUAUCCCAAUCUCACAUUUUUUUCCUUUGGUCCUUUAUAUCCUAAAAUCAAAUUUAAACUAUAUUUGAGAAAUUCUAUGUUGGCCUAGAUUCUGUGUUGACCUUCCUAGAAGUGGAAGAAAAAUAACACUGGAUGGCACGAUCAUUUUGUAGCAUUGCUGAUUUAAACAAAGCAUAUAUUCAGUGAAAGUAUUGAGGGAAAUUUUUUCUCAGUUUAUGGUUAAAUCUGAUUAUAUAGACUAUGCUUAAAGCUUUCAUGGAUGUUUUGUGUACUCAUAUUCUCAAAUAUUUUCAUAUUAGCAUAAAUAGUAAUCCCAUUGCUGCUUAACAACAAAUGCUGAAAGCUGCCAGUUUGCCUUAAACUGAGAAUACUGAGUAAAGUUAAAUGGCACAUGCAAAGUGAUACUUAAGGGCUUUUCUAUUUACAAUUUGAUUUCUACAACAACCAUUCAAUUAAUAGUACAUUUCCACCAAAAUAAUUAGCUGCAUUCCUUCAAAUGCAGCUUCAAAUUCCUUCAAAUUCCUUCAAACUCUCUUUCUUGUAAUGGUGAGGGCACUCAGUAAACUGUAAUCUUGACAAGUCAAAAUAAUCUGAAAAAAUGGUCAGUAUAAGAAUUGUAAAAUGUGAAACUAAAUUGUCAAAUUAAAACCCAUCAAAAAUGUAUUUUAAUGCACUUUAAAGACAAGGAGGAGCUUGAAUUCAGCUGGCAUUAGAUUAGGAUUCAUACAUUGAAAACAAAUUGAUUUGUUUAUCAGUGUUACCUUUUAUUGCAUACAUAUAGAAUACUGUAAAAGCUAAAAGUAACUUCACUCUGUUAUGCACUUUAUUUUUUUGCAUUCUUAAAAGAACUGAAAUAACUGCAAGCAUUUUUGAGUUUUAAUUCUAAUUGGUGCAGUGGUUUAAAUUGUGAAUACUGAAAGAAAAUGUCUAUAGGAAAGUCUUAUUUCUGCUAUUUUAACGGAAUUACAAAAUUUUUGUGGUAUAAUAAUUUUUUAAAACAUCCUUUAGAAAAUGUAAUUAUUGGACCAGUCUGGAAUUAACCAAACUCAUAAGCUCACAAAAGGGUAACAAAGGGAAUAUUCUGAAUGCAAAGAAGGAUAUGAAAUUAUGCUGCCUAGCAUUACUUUGUGGAUUAUUAUAAAGUGCUAAGACCUUGUACUUGCAGUAUAUAUAAAUGGCACAGUGCAUUCUAAGGAGCAUUAGAAGUGUGUUACAAGUUUUGGGCCAUUCAUAUUUUUCCAAAGUCUCCAAAAAUAUAUAUAUUUUUUUUAACAAAAGAGUAAUGUAAAGUAUACCUCCUUAUGCAAGUGUUAUUGAUAGAAAAUUGUUGCAUUUUCUUUUAAUAAACAAAAGGGACAAAAUAUUUUUUUGUAUUUUUCAAACAAAAUGUUCUCUUUGCUAUGGUGGUGGGUUAUUGCAUUCCUCAUCACAACCAGAAUGUGUUAUUUUGCCUUCACUUCUGUAUUCUGUACUCACCAAGGAACCAAAACAUCUACAGACACUCCAUCUUUAUGACUCAGGUGUGACACAGUUGUAUUAAUGAGGCCAACGUCAGAAAUGGGAUGGGAACCUGAACUGGAUCUGUAAUGCCUGAUACAGUCCCUUGGUUGUGCCACUAUUUCAAAGACUGUCUCACAUAAUUAUUGCUACAGAUGGAUAGGGGUGGAGAGAGACACCAUAAGAUACUUUAGAACAGACUGCAGUAUAGCUGCUAAAUGGUUCUUUACUUUUACUUGUGACAACUGUUCCUCUCCAACCAUCACUGUCCUGAAACUGAAAUAGAAUGUUAUAGGACGAAUGCAUUAUCCACAUGAGUCAAUUGGGUAAUUGCACAUCUAUGAAUUCAUAUUGGUGGUAAAAGCCAUGGUUAUGAUCCCAAGUUGACACAGAGGGCAAAAGUAGACAAGGACAUUUACAAUGGUCAAGUUCAGGCACGUGUAAUGAAAGUGCACAGGAAUCAAUCACUCUUUCUCAAAGGAAUUGACAGGCUUUAUCAACAAAUGACAUCUGAGAAAAUAAUGACACCAUAGCUCACAACAAACUUGUUGCAAACAAGGCUGUCUUUGCCAGACUGUUUUAAAGUUCAAACAUAAAGUGAGGGUAGACAGGAAAUGAAGGUAGAACGCUCUUGUCGAACCCCACUUACUCUACUUUAUUGUCCAUGAGUCAAUUUAGAUUGUGUACCAGCAUACUAUGCAAUUUUCACGUGUCUCACCACAAACACAGAAAAAAAAAAAAUUAUGGUAAGAUAAUAUUUGCAAGAUAACUGUUGUCAACCUGAAUCUGAAUGCAAGUUUAGGGAGGUUUUGUGGUAUUUGUUUUAGUCCUCAGUUGAAGUGUUAAAACUUUCAAAAGAAUUUUUAGAAAUAUUUCUGACAAUCUUUUAUAUUCAAGAUUGAUUUUUUUUUUUUUUUUUUGUCUUAACAAAGCUAUUAUCUUAUAUUACCCUGAAAUUUAUUUCCAGUUUGUUUGGAGUCUAUACUACUUCUAUAUAUGUGGCAAAUGCAUCAUUUAUAUUUAGGUUCAGAGAGUCUCCAAAAGCUAGAACAUUUUGCUUGUGAGUUUAGCAGACUUCUUCUGUGGGCUUCAUGAUUCCAUGUAGCAUUUUUGCGUUCUUGCAACUCCUCACAAGUCCAUCAAGGAAGUCCCAAAGAUCCAACAGAAUUUCCACACUAGCUGUCUUGUAAUCUGGUCUGUUCUGGAAGUACAUGCAACAGAGCUGAUAGGCAGUCAGUACCUGCAGAAACAUACUCAUCCAGCAGAGAUACCCUCAAAGCAAAAAUGGACAUUGGUAUUAACACUCCUAGAGGAUCAUAGGGCACAAAGAUCUUGGAAGCUGAUAGAUUCCUAGCAAAGUUGAAUAAAAUCAGGAUCUACAGGAACUCCCACCAUAGUGGACCUUGUCAUCAUGUGUGUUCAAUGCCCAAAUGACUGGUGAGCUCAACAGAAAGCUUUGUACAGGAACAUGCAAAUAAGUGAACUGCUCAAAUAUCAGACCUGCUGUAUCUUCUGCUAGAAUUCUGGGUGGGAAUGGGUCUGUCUUAAUACAUUUGUCAGGCUAACAGUGUCAACAUAAUUCUGAGAUAUUCUGCAGUUCUUACACACAACUUUACCUACCGUGUUAACUGUCUUGAAAAUAACUGGAUUACUCUCUAUCAUAUUCUUAAGAUUAGGAAUUUUUUCUUUAAAUCUGAAUUAUAUCCUUGGUUUAAGAGCAAUUCUUCCCUUUAUUUUCUGGAACUGACCUAGGUACAAAGCAUCUACAAUUAAAAUUCAGCCAUGUUUUGAAGUCUCAAGCACACACAUCUAACAGCCAGCUUCAUUAUUGGAUUUGAGCUGGGCAAAAAUCAAACACUGCUUGUGUAUGAAAAGUAAAGCUCACUUAUUAAGGCUAUUUUGUUUCUGUUAGUGUAGGUCUAUUGAUCAAAAACUAUGCUUGAAGUGAAAAAGUGUAUGAUCCUGAUCAUGUCAUCUAAACCACAUUUGGAUUUCUCAAAAAGAAGUAAACACAGCUCAUAAUUUGUACUACUUAGAAACGAUGUUACCUUUUUUUUUAAAUCAAACUUGCAUUUUCCAGAGAGUUUCAAUGCUUUGUGCUACAUAAAUUUUCAUCUGUGAAAUGGUAACAUGGAGAGGAAUAAUCGAGAGAUCAAAAUCUUUCUAAUCUCUAGCUGUUUUAACUAUUAAAAAGAAGAAAACUUGAAAAUAUAUUUCUUUAUUGAAUUAUCAGCUCUGAAAAACAAGUUUCCUGCAUAUUGGUAACAAUAAAAAUAAUUAUAUUACUA